ACCGCACCGCAUGUUGCCGUACAUGUGUAAGCGAUGUUGAUCUCGACUAGAAAAUUUACGGUCGCUGUCCACUCUGAGGGGUCUUCACGCGCAGCUCGACGCGUUCUUUUCAACGCUGACCUCGUCAAGACUCUAAAGUUGACCACCGGGGAUGCAGUGGUCAUCUCCGGUUCAGAUGACUUUGCAAUAUUUGCGGUUGGUGUUGUGUGGCCUUCAUUAGAGCAAGGACAAGAUACUAUAUCGAUUUCGACAUCUCUACUCCUCACGGCUCGGCUUCAAAUCGGAGAGCAUGUAAAGGUGCAUCCUUUAUUCGCCAAUUCAAAGGUCUCAGUCAUACCUCCGCUUGGUGAUAUCAAAGAAGCAGCUAUCGUCCGUCUGAGGGAACUAUCUCCACCAUCAAAACGGCAAUCUAAAAUUUCGCAACCAGAAAAGGACUGGCUUCCGUUGGCUCUUAGGGAAGCUUUAGUGAACCUCAAAUAUAUCACGACAAGUCAAACUAUAGAAGUUGUAUACGAAGGAAGGCCACGACGCUUUACUCUUGUGUCUGCUUCAUCUUCAGAAAAUGAUGUCGUGGUGGAUUUGGCAACUCGUUUGGAGAAGCUAAACAUCGCUUCACCCCACGGAGCUAGAGUAUGGACAAUCGGGUGGGAUUCAACUGUCAAAAUCGCAGACAACGAUCGUUCGGAGGAAGAAAAUGAUCAAGGAUCCCGAAAGCCGGUUGUCGAGAUACUCGAUGCCAAAGAGAGUGAAGAUCCGUACGAAUCCGUUGGAGGUCUUAGCAAGCAAAUCAGAGAGAUCAAAGACCUUCUCGAAAUACCAUUAUCCCGACCUGAUUUAUUCCGAUACCUCGGACUCAAACCUCCUCGUGGAAUACUCCUUCAUGGACCUCCUGGAACAGGGAAGACUCACCUCGCCCGUGCCAUUGCCGCGUCAACGAAAUCGUCAGUUAUGGUGGUCAAUGGCCCGGAGCUUUCUUCCGCUUUUCACGGAGAGACAGAAUCAAAAUUGCGCAAUGUAUUCAAGGAGGCUAGAGACAAAUCGCCUUGUAUAGUUGUGUUGGACGAAGUCGAUGCAUUGGUCCCGCGUCGAGAGGAAGGCGGUGGCGGUGAGGUUGAGAAAAGGGUGGUCGCUACCCUAUUAACGAUUCUUGACGGUAUGGAAGACGAUGACUGUAGUCAAGGAAGAGUGGUUGUCAUCGGAACAACAAAUCGUCCAAAUGCCAUUGAUCCUGCACUUCGACGGCCUGGUAGGUUUGACAGAGAGAUCGAAAUUGGUAUUCCCGACAGUGACGCUAGGCUGUCUAUCCUCGAAGUCUUGUUGUCAAGAACGCCUCACUACAUCGCCCGUGAAGAGCUUCGCGCCAUAGCCGCCCGCGCUCAUGGAUACGUUGGAGCCGACCUUGGCGCCGUAGUCCGUGAAGCUGGAACUGCAGCAAUCAAGCGCUGGCUAGCCAGUCCGACCGAGACGGAAAAGCCAGAGUUCACCUCCUCAGACUUGUUAUCAUCUCUCCCUGCCGUUCGUCCUUCCGUGAUGCGGUCUUUGUUCGUUGAUGCACCACCAGUUCGAUAUUCAGAUAUCGGUGGUCAAGCUCAUGUCAUUGGAAAGCUUCGAGAAUCCGUGGAAUGGCCUUUAUUACACCCUGAAGCCUUCCAGCGACUGGGAAUCAAACCGCCAAAAGGGGUCCUACUGUACGGGCCUCCCGGCUGUUCCAAAACUGUACUUGCAAGAGCUUGUGCAUGUGAAAGUGGCAUUAACUUCCUUGCUGUUAAAGGUCCUGAACUGCUAAAUAAGUAUGUCGGGGAGUCUGAACGGGCAGUUCGUGAAAUAUUUAAAAAGGCGAGGGCUGCUUCACCCUCCAUCAUAUUUUUCGAUGAAAUAGAUGCUUUGGCUUCGUCGCGAAUAGCAUCGAGCCACGAUUCAGGCUCUUCACAUGAAGGAGUGCUAACUAGUCUACUCAACGAAAUGGACGGCAUCCAGGAACUAGUUGGAGUCACUAUCCUUGCAGCGACUAACAGACCGGAAUCAAUUGACCCUGCCCUGAUGCGCCCUGGUCGCCUGGAUCGUAUUCUUUAUGUCGGUCCUCCUGAUCGACAGGGAAGGGAAGAGAUAUUCAGGAUUCGAUUACGAAGCAUGAAAGUAGACGAUAAUAUCGAUAUCGCAGAACUUGCGGCACUGACGGACGGAUGUUCUGGGGCAGAGCUGACUGCCUUAUGCCAAGAGGCUGCACUCCUCACUAUGCAGCGAGACUUGAGCGCACUAUCUGUUCCCCAUCAAGCGUUCGUCACCGCCACGAAAUCUAUACAACGUCAGAUCACACCAGCCGUUCGCCAGAAAUUCGAGACUUGGCGGGUACAAAGUGGGUUAACAAGUGCAUGA